AAACCAGUGGUGGAGAAGAUGCGCAGAGAUCGCAUCAACAGCUGCAUAGAGCAGCUCAAGAAGCUCCUGGAGAAGGAAUUCCAGCAGCAGGAACCCAAUGCCAAGCUGGAGAAGGCCGACGUCCUGGAGAUGACAGUGACCUUCCUGAAGCAGCAUCUCCGGCCUCGGGCUCCUGUCUCCGCCGUCCCUAGGGCGCACAGUGAAGGCUAUGCCCAGUGCUGGCGGGAGACCCUCCACUUCCUGUCCAGCUGCAAGGGGGGCAUGCCCCUGCAGUGGCUUCACUGUCUCCAUGGAUCCCAGAGAGCCACUCAGCAGCUCUACCCCAUGUCUCCUGCCAGCUCCACAUGUGAACUGGUCCCAGUGAAGCAAGAACCUGGUGCUGAGAAACCCAUCUGGAGGCCGUGGUAGAGCCACUGGCACAUGAGAACCUCAGGGGUGGUC